UUAAAAUGUCGAAGCGUACAGCCGACGAGAGCGGCAAUGGCAGUAGCCAGCCUGCUAUCAAGAAAGUUCAUUUUGAACCCCAUCUCAUCGGGCCCGUCUCCACACUGGAAGAAAUGGACAUCAAAGUCCUACAGUUUCAGAACAAGAAGUUGGCACAGCGCAUUGAACAACGCCACAGAUGUGAAGCGGAGCUUCGGGCUCGAAUAGAACAGCUAGAAAAACGGCAAACACAAGAUGAUGCGGUUCUUUGUGUAGUGAAUCGCUACUGGAAUCUGCUAAAUGAGGAUAUCAGAGUUCUAUUGCAACGUUUUGAUGCUGAGACUGCUGAUGAGUCUGAAAAUAAAAAUGAAAAUGAAGCGACCACUUCGUUUUUAAUGCAAUUGUCGACGUGGGACAAAGAGGAGCUUGACGCUCAGCUAGCGAACCGAGUGCAAGUGAGCAAACGAGCAGUGGCAAAAGUCCUCCAGGCGUUUGACAGGCUCCAGCAGCGGAACGAUAAGAUAUGGCGCGCUAUAAAGGGAGAAGGCGAAGAGGGUGCGCCCGCGCCGGCUCUCGAUGAGGUGGUGCGUGCGACCAACGCGGAGGUCACGGCGGAGUCGCGCCGGCUGCAGGCGCUGUGCACGGCGCUGCACGAAGGACACCACGCCAUGACGCUGCGUGUGGCGCGGCUUCAAGACGCCGUCAACAGCCGGGACACGGAGAACGCAGAGUUGAAGAACCAGAUCGAUGACCUGCAGUACGAGCUUAUGAAGGUGCGGUCGCGGAACGACAAGCUGGAGAACCACCUCGCCGAGGCCAUCGAGAAGUUGAAGAGCUACCACCAGUCGGGCGCCACGAUCAGCGCCGCGCCGGCCGCCGGGCCCGCGCCGCACUCCGCCGCCAGCGCCAAGCUGGAGGACGUGGCGGCCGAGCUGGAGGAGCAGCGCGAGCUGGCCACCAACCGCCUGGCCGAGCUCGACCGCCUGCACCGCCAGCACCGCGACACGCUCAAGGAGCUCGAGAAGCUGAAGAUGGACAUCCGCCAGCUGCCAGAGUCUGUGAUAGUGGAGACGACGGAGUACAAAUGCCUGCAGAGUCAGUUCUCGGUGCUGUACAACGAGUCCAUGCAGAUGAAGACGGCGCUCGACGAGACGAGGCUGCAGCUUCAGAACGCCAAGAACCUGCAUAUGAGGCAGAUUGAAAUGAUGGAGAGCGAGGAGCUAGCGCGCCAAAAGGCUCUCCGCGCCGAGAUGAUCCAGCUGGAAGACGUGCUCGGCCAGCUGAGGAAGGAGUACGAAAUGCUGCGCAUCGAGUUCGAGCAGAAUCUCGCCGCCAACGAGCAGACCGGGCCCAUCAACCGCGAGAUGCGACACCUCAUCACCUCGCUGCAGAACCACAACCAGCAACUAAAAGGCGAAGUGCACCGGUAUAAGCGGAAGUAUAAGGACUCCAGCCAAGAACUCAACAAGUUGCGGAAAGAGAUGGAAGACUCGGCCGGCCGCGUGGCGGGGACUGAAGCCACUGAGGAAAAACCGUUGGCCGUUAAAAAGGAAGAACCCGAUCCCGAGGGGUCGGAGGGCAGCAGCGGCGCGGGCGCGGAGGCCAAGGGCAAGGAGCACGCGCGCGCCAAGCUGCAGGAGCAGGACCAGAUCAUCAAGGAGCUCAAGCAGCAGCUCAAGAAAGCGGUGAAUGAACAGAAGGAGUUGAAACUCCUUCUGGACAUGUACAAGGGAGUGAGCAAAGAACAACGCGACAAGGUGCAGCUUAUGGCCGCCGAGCGUAAGGCGCGCCAGGAGCUCGAGGACCACCGCCAGAAGGCCAAGAUGGCGCAGGAAAGUAAGCGUGAGCGGCGCUUAGCAGAUGAAGACGCGUUGCGCAAGAUCAAGCAACUAGAGGAACAGAAGUACGAGCUGCAGAAGCAGUUGUCUUGUGCGCGGCCCAACGCCGACCCGUUGCAUGCCUUCUCUAGGCCGUUUGCUGGAUCUCAGGAAGAAGAAGCCCUGCUGAACGAGAUGGAAGUGACCGGGCAGGCCUUCGAGGACAUGCAGGAGCAGAACUCGCGGCUGAUUCAGCAAUUACGUGAGAAAGACGACGCCAACUUCAAGCUGAUGUCGGAGCGGAUCAAGGCCAACUCGCUGCACAAGCUGCUGCGCGAGGAGAAGCAGCUGCUGCAGGAACAGGUCAUAACCCGCGACCAGCAGAUCGAGUCCAUGGGCCUGGUGGCGCGGCGGCUGGAGGAGAAGGAGCGGCUGCUGCAGGCCACGCUCUCCGCCGUCGAGAAGGAACUGUUACUGCGGCAGCAGGCCAUGGAGAUGCACAAGCGGAAGGCCAUCGAGUCGGCGCAGUCCGCCGCCGACCUCAAGCUGCAUCUAGAAAAAUACCACGCGCAGAUGAAGGAGGCGCAACAGGUCGUCGCUGAGAAGACGAGCGCGCUCGAAGCUGAAGCGUACAAAACAAAAAGACUACACGAGGAGCUGGCGAUCCUGCGGCGCAAGGCGGAGCGCAUGAAGAAAAUGGAGCAGGCCGGCAGCAGCAUGGACGAGGUGCUGCUCGAGGAGAUCCGCGAGUACAAGGAGACGCUCACCUGCCCCUCGUGCAAGGUGAAACGCAAGGACGCAGUCCUGACGAAGUGUUUCCACGUGUUCUGCUGGGACUGCCUCCGCACGCGCUACGAGACCCGCCAGCGCAAGUGCCCCAAGUGCAACGCGGCCUUCGGCGCCAACGACUACCAUCGCCUGUACCUCUCCACCUAAGCGCCCGGUCUACGGGGCCAUACGGGGCCUGGACCCCGGAACACGGACAAAUCAUCACAAAGGGCGAAACGACCGGUAAUGUAACACGCUUCAUUGAAUCGAUACGUUUAUAUUCUCUUACAGGGCCCGAACCCCGUAAUAGUACUGUUACGGGGUUCGAGCUGUCUUUAGACACCAUCACAACGCCAGGGUGAUAACGUAACGCACGUAUCAUACGCUACCUUGGUAACAAUAUAAUGUAACUGCUCGCGCACCGAUUUAUUAGCUAGAAGAUUUAUGUAAACAUGACAUGGUUGUACACACGGUUUGUGUGAGAUGUGUUAAAUAAGUAACAAUAUUACAUUUGAAUGUCGUAUAUGUGUCGCACGAUGUCUGUAUAUUACGCAACCUUCUAACCAUAUUUAAUAUUCUCUUUAAUUGAAAUACAUCCCAAGUUUUUUAAUGAAAAAUGAAACCCGUAUUAAGAUUAACAAUGUCAAGCGUCGUAAAGUAUGCUAACCGUGUUAUAUUCCUGUGCGUUUUAAUGUCCUGAAAAACGAUAGAUGGGGGUAUUAUUUGCGCCAUGACUGGCGAAAGAGCCUCAGUAUCUCCAAAAACGUCUUUGAAAAACACUUCCCAUCGUUUGAAUUGACUGCUCGUUUGAGCCACCCUUUUUAUAUCAAAGUUUACGAGUAUGCACUUCUUAUAAAAAUAUCACAUAUUUUACAAUGUAAGAUUUUGAUAAAGAUAACCAGCUAAUGGUGUAAAGUUGACUCUCGUGGUUUAACAGAAAGUGCGAAAGCGAAAGAUACAGGAGAUCCAGAAUUUUCUUUCUUUUCAUUAUGGUCUCACGCGGUAUAAAUAUUAAGGGCGAGUACUACAUUUAGAAUUAUGGAGAAAACACACAUUGUAUAUUAUUAUUUUUUACUUCAAAUAGUUGACAAAAUAAAACGCCUAAAGGCUUCAAGUCUUACUACAUUUGUGUGCAAUGAAAAAAAUAUGUUAUUAAAAUUAGGUAUUAACGAUUUAGUGAAUAAUAAAAGCGAUUUACGUGCGCCUGUAUUAGCCAAUGAGUUCACGUUUCUGGGAUAGUUUUGAAGACCCAGACACAUUCUUCAGUUCGUAAGGUCACUCCUGAGGUGACGCGUGGUGUAAGAGGGUGAAAGCUCCAAUUGGCUACGUGACACGUGACCUGUUCUUAACAGAGAGGGAUAGCACUUAAGGUAGCGUUUCGAACUAAGCGUCACAGACGCAGCGUCUACCUUUAACUAAGUUAGUUUCUGCGACAGUGGAGUGGUGACGGAGGGAUGUCAUGUGAUGUAUCAGAGUUGUCUAUUGUCACUGUAAUCACAUCUGAAGUUUAACGGUUUUUAAACAAAAACACUCCUCCCGUAACGAAACUACGCAGGAACCUACUCAGUUGUUUGCAUGUAGUGAUAAAACACUUUAGAACCUUUGGUGAAUUUAUUGUGUUGCAUGAUCGAGUAAAUGUCGCUUUCUUGGCGACCACACUUAUUCAAUAACGCACUCUCGAUUUGAUCACGUUUUAAUUUAUUGAAUGUGAAUGUCAAACAACUUAAAAUGUACCAUUGAUAUACAAGGUGUCCUAAAAUUAGCACGUCACACUGACACCUAUGUCUAUUAAAAGGCUAUUUAAAAAAAUACCUAACUAAUAUAGGUCAUAUUUCAAAACUUAUCGAACUUUUCUCUGGACAUUAAUAACUAAAAUUGGUAAUAUCUCAAAACUAAUCAAACUUUUCUAUGGAUAUUAAUAACUAUAUUGUUCAUUUCUUAAACCUUAUGUAACUUUUCUAUGGACUUAUUAGGUUUGUUCGAUGCUUCUUAGGCCCAGAUACCUCCAGUGUCAGUGUUUCGUGCUAAUUUUGUAUUUAAUGUUAUGUGUACGACUACUAACAUAAAUCCUUAACAUAGUAUAGACUCGGUGAAGUCUGGUAAGUUGUAAUAAUUUAUGUGACAAAUCAGUCAUAAAUAUCCCCAAAAACUUUGCUGCAGGUUCGAUAAAAUAAAUAAAAUGAACAAUGAACCUGAGUGCAAGUAAACUCUUCUUUGUUGACAUGUAAUAUUAUCUCGUAAUAUUUCUUAGCUAGUUAAGUAGGUAAAUAAUUAUCUCUAAUCUCAUGUUAUUUGAACGCCAAUUGAUUUGAUUAUUAUCAAGUGAUCAAGAAUGUAAAAACACUAUUUAUGUAUUUAGCACAUGACACAAACUUGUGUUAUUCCAAGAUGUGGAAUAUGCACUGAAAUUAUUAUUAAUUAAAUUACUUACAUUAAUUAAUGUAAUCUUUAUUUGAAGUAAAUUUUUUCAAAAAUAUCGCUGUCCCUUUUCGUAUAUCUGUGUCAUCGUUAUUGUCCUCUAAGCUUUCGUUCUUACAAGGUGUCAUAGUGACAAUGAGAAAAUACACUGCAUAAUCCGUUCGUAAGUUAAUUGUAGCAUUGAACAAAAGUAUGCGAUGUAAAUGUGCAAUGAUGUGAUUUUAAUUUAACAAGUUCUGUAAAAAUAUAAAACAACAAUAUGGGACAGCGAAAUUAUGCGUUUCAUAAACUGUACAUUUAAAUUAUGCAAGUUGGUUUGGGAACUCUGUUCUCUAUUGACGAAAAAUGGUUUGACAACUUAGAAGUUUUUCUUGAUUUUUUUUGUGUAAAUAAUAAAGUAAAAUAUCAUUGAGUCUGAAUUUUCUAUUUUUUGUGCAUAUUUGUUGGAAAAUGACGACUGGCUAUGUAUGAAAGCGAUAGUAUCUUGAGAAAUCCGGAUAAAAUUGACAACUCAAUAGCUUCUAAAGACGAAGCUAUUUAAACCUUUUAAAUUAAAAUUAUGUCUCCGUUGCUGGCUAGUGGAUAAGCCUAGUGAUUGCAGCGGUGUGUAACUUUGAAUUUACUACAUGUAUAAAUGUAAUGGUAAAUAACUGAUACGGUUGAUAAGUUAAUCCGGGUUAAGACGAUGUUUUAUUCAUUCCUUAUUCAUAAUAGCUUUCCAUGUAUUUAAAUAUGAAUUACAUUGUUCACGCAAUUGCAUUAGACAAUGCAUUUCGCUAAUCUUGUAUAUCAGAUAUUAUAUUGAUGUUGUAUAAUAUUUAAGAGUAUCAUGAAAUCGAACAAGUGGAUAUAGAUUGUUUAUUUAAGAAUUAUAUUGUAUAGGUAUUAAAUGAGACGAGCCUGUGUGUAUGGACCACUAUGGAUUGCGCUACUUCGCUGUAAUUAUUUGUAGUUAGGAAAAUAGAAUAACUAACAGCCCACUGACUGAUAUAUUUAUAUAUUUUAGGUUAAACAUUUUCAUUGGGCGUGUGGCUCUUGUUUAUUUGAGCGGAGGUUGGUUACUCGCUCUUUCCAGAAGCUGAUUAAGAAUUGACAAAUUAAUUCAGUUACAGAAAAAAAAUAAACAACAUUGUGACUUCUAUCAGCCAUAUUGUAGUGGCGUGGCCUUGCAAGGCUUAAUCAGCUUUUGGCAAUGUAAGCGAGUCCUUUUGACUUUCAGUAUGAGAACUAGUAAAUAUGAAAUUAUUUCAAAACACAAUGUCUGAUUCCGCAAAUCUUUGCGAUUUGACCAUAAAUAUAAGCGAUUUAAUAUUUAAAUAUUGUUGGUAAAUAAGGUGUAUCUAAUCUUAAUUUUCACCAUGUACACACUUUUUAUAAUGAAACUGAACCGAAUAUUAUUUUUGUUAUUUAACAGUAAAUUCAAUCUUCUCCCGAUGACUCCAAGUUGAAGUUAGAUUACAUAGAAUUAUUGUAAUUCAUCAUACAUUUACUAUAGUUUCCCUGAUUGGAGUCUUAACUUCAUAUUAAUUACAAUAUUGAUGUUGUAAGUAGAUUAAAUAGAUGGAUGUUCAAUUAAUGUUUUAUUGUUCAAUGUCAAAAUUUAAAGCUUAGGUCAAGAUUAUAAAAAUCCUAAGGUGCAAGACGAAAGUCUCGCACAUCAAAAUGUAAUAUUAUUUUAAUGAAGUAUGUCAAAUAAAUGUCUCAAACAAGA